AUGUCAGACACCACCCCCACUUCCGCACCAGCAACAGCACCCGCACCAGAGCUCAAAACCUACCAUGGCAACUGUCAUUGCGGAGCCGUGAAAUACACUGUCACUCUCCCCGAAAUCACAAGCGUCACCGAAUGCGACUGCAGCCUCUGCCUCAAGAAAGGCCACAAAUCGUUAUUUCCAUCCGGAGGCCUCGUCUUCGAGGAGGGAAAAGGAGAGGAUAAAUUGAAAUCUUAUGAGUUUGCUGGGAAGACUAUCGCUCACAAGGCUCGAACACUCAACGAAAUCGACGAUAUCUUCGGUCUCAAAGUCAACACUUACAAGGGCACAACUCUCGAACCGGGAUAUACACCACAUGCCUUCACCGGCCCAGAGCCCACAGCAACCAUUGAAAACGCAAAAACCUAUUACGGCUCCUGUCACUGCGGCGCCAUAACCAUGGCUUUCAAGACCGCGGGUCCGUUGCCUGAGGGAUCGGAAAAGAUCCAACAAUGCAAUUGUUCUAUUUGCUGCAGGAACGGCACGAUCCUAACCUACCCCCACAAAACCCAAAUCUCAAUCCAUUCCCCCACAACACCACCCACCCCCCUAUCAAUCUACACCUUUGGUCGCAAAUUCCAACAACACACCUUCUGCCCCAUCUGCGGCGUCGCCAUCUCGCUCCAAAAGAACAGGCCCGUCGAUCCGGAGCUCUUCAAGAAGGAGGCUCCCGCGGGAGCGGAUCAGAAGCAAUGGGAGGAGAAAUUGCCCGUUAAUUUGAGAUGUUUUGAGGGCGUGGAGUGGGACCGGGUGAAGGUUGAGAAUAGAGACUGGAAGAAUUAUGGGGGGAAAUAUGAGGUUCCU